GCACGUUUAUCUCGUCAAAAUUCUCAGUCGCGAUUACAUUCAACAACGAGCACAUGUUACGUAAUCAUGUCAUUCUCAAUUGAAAACAUUCUGAAGAAGGACUUCGGUCAUCGGAUGGAUGGACUAGAAAAUCCUGUAAGAUUUAAUCCUGUUAAACUUCAGAGAAGUAUAUCGAUGAACGACAGCAUCUUACAUCAGACACUUGUAAGAAAGAACUUUUCCGUGUGUGAAUUAAGUGAGUGCCACCUGCCGAAAUAUCCCUACUACAACUACUAUAAUAACAGAGAAAAAUCGUAUUCCAACACAUAUCUAGAUAAUAUAGGAAAUUAUCAAAACAUAUAUGAAGAUAGAUUGUGGCAAGCAUACAACAGAGGACCAUUAUCAGUACCCUGCCAUCAACUUAGCCUUUUCAGAAGAAAAGGUGGACAAAUUAGAUUUACAGCUAAUCAAACAGACAUUUUGGAAAAGACGUUCCUAGCUCACAAGUACCUGGCACCAGAAGAAAGAAAAAUAUUAGCCGACAAUUUGAAGCUUUCUGAUAGACAGGUGAAAACUUGGUUCCAAAAUAGACGAGCAAAGUGGAGAAGGAGUCUAAGUUCAAGUAGCACAGAUAAUUCUUCAGACAAACCGGAAGAUACCAAAUCAGCCGAUGACGUGUUUCUUGAAUAACAAUUUUCUUUCAUUUUAUUAAUAAAUCUACUUUUUUAAUAAUUAA